AUGCCCUCCUCCGCCGGCGACUCGCGCCGGCACGCGACGCGCCUCGUCAACGGCGCGGUGGCUGGCGCCGUCGGCAAGACGGUCGUCUCGCCGCUCGAGCGCGUGCGGCUCGUCGGGCAGACAACGCGGCCCGACGCCAGCGCGCUCGCCUCCGCCCGCAACGUGCUCGCCGCUGAGGGCUGGUCGGGCAUGUGGCGCGGCAACGGGCUGGCGGUCGCGCGCGCCGCCUCCUCCAAGGCCAUCCUCUUUGCGGCGCAGGACGCACUGCGUGUCCGCGUUGGGCACGACUUUGUGGCCGGAUCGCUCGCCGGCGUGCUCGCGACGUUGCUGACCUACCCGCUCGACCUGCUGCGCACGCGCGCGGCGGCGGCGGUCAGCACGGCAUCACUCGGCGCCGUGACGGCAUCACUGAUGCGCGAGGGAGGCGGCGUCCGAGCGCUCUACCGCGGCGUCGGGGCGACGGCGGCCGGCGCGGUGGCCUUUGAGGGCACCCGCUUUGGCUCCUUCGGCUGGCUUCAGGCGCGCAGCGCCGACUGGUGGCUCGCGCCGGCGAUCAACGGUACCUUGGCCUCCCUCCUCGCCGGGAUGGUCAUGUACCCAAACGACACCGUCCGACGCCGUAUCCAGUGGCACCGCGGGACCGAGACGCUCUCGUACCUCGAGGCGGCGCGCGCGCUCCUCUGCGAGGGCGGCGUGGCUCGCCUCUACCGUGGCGGCGCGCUCUACGCUCUCAAGAGCGUGCCGAGCGCUGCGGUCCAGUUUGGCGUCUAUCAUGGGCUGAAGCGGUUGACGGGCGACGUCCGUGAAGCGUGA